UUAUAUAAAUUUAGUUAACGAUAUAUUUCAUGCCGAAAUAUGAAAAAUGGGAUAUUUUUCUAAGCCCAGCGAACAUCAGCAAAGGGAGAAAAACAAUAUUUUUUUGUAAUGAUUGUAUAACUUUCACGUACGGAGGAUAUGUCAGCGGGAGGAGCUGUCGAGCACGGGUGCGAUAGAGAGGGGAAUUCCAUUGUGGAGGGUGACAUCGAUAGGGGUGGUGGUGAAGGUCACGAGGUCGGCCCAAGGGGUGGCAUCAUGGACUCUCAUCAACAACAAUUCUGCCUUAAAUGGAACAGUUUUGGCAGUAAUCUGGCUACGGCUUUCUCUAAUCUGUUCAAAAGCGAGAGUCUUACGGAUGUCACCCUUUUCUGUGAAGGUGUUACAUUUAAAGCACACAGACUCAUCCUAGCAGCAUGUAGCAAACAUUUCCAAGAGUUGUUCGAGGGCAUGCCACCAUCACCAGCGGGUUUGAUCGUCAUCCUUGACGGUACAAGUGCUAACAAUAUGGCAGCACUCCUCGAAUUCAUGUAUCGUGGCGAGGUUCAUGUAUCCCAGGAGUCAUUAAGUUCUUUUCUCAAGGCUGCUGAGUGCCUGCAGGUGAAGGGCUUGUCGAUAGAGCACGAGAAGCUAGCAGUGGCUCAGAGGCACGCGGCUGAGAACAAUAAUUCACUGUCAGAGGCCGGCAGUGGCGGCAAUAGCAACGGUGCGGCCAGCAACAAUAUCAACGGCAACGUCGCCGAAGCGUCCGAAACACCUGAAAAUGGCCUGGCACGGGGCAUGAAAAGAAGAACUCCGACGCCUGCCCCGCCUUCGCCCGCACCCACCUACUCCUUACCCAACGUUUACUCCGCUACGCAUUAUUACGACAGCCCACAGAAAAGGCUAAUGAGGUCGCCAAGCGACGUCGAUAGCCUCGGUAGGGCCUCUGUUCUACGUGACGGUGCAGCUUUCCGUCCGGCUUCAGCGCCUCAUCCACUGCUCCUUGAAAACCCUCUUUACCAGCCUUUCAAUCAUCCCUUGGAGACGCCAACACAUUCACACACGGCGCCACAUACGCCUACGGAGCUGGAACGGGAGCUGGAGCGCGAACGGUCCGAGGAGCCCGAACGUAGCGUCGAUAUCAAAGACGGCGUUGCCGAAGAUCUCCGAAUAAAGCAAGAACCAAUAUCGCUGGGCGAUCGUGAGCGGGUUGACAAACUGGCGGAACGACUCACAGGAGAAAUGUACACAUGCGGCCGUGGAAGUUUUGACUCAGGCAACUACGUCAAUAGUACUGAGCAUAUCCAACAGCAACAUCAGCAACAGCAGCAGCAGCAGCAGCAGCAGCAGCAGCAGCAGCAACAGCAGCAGCAGCAGCAGUCGCACAAUACUAGCAGCGCUCAUAUAGGCUCAGGAUUGGCGAAUGUACCACCUGUCCAUCCGCCUACUCCUGAUCUCAGUCCGGCUCCUACGACUCCUGCAAUGUGGAACUCCAAAAUCAACAAGGCUGGCACUGUUACGACGCCUGAUGGGAAGAAGCUGAAGUGUCCGUUCUGCGAGAGGCUUUAUGGCUAUGAAACGAACCUGCGGGCACAUAUUCGUCAGCGGCAUCAGGGUAUCCGCGUACCGUGUCCUUUCUGUUCGCGCACUUUUACGCGGAACAAUACCGUACGUCGGCACAUUGCCCGGGAACACAAGCCUGAACUGAGCCUAAAAGCCCUUCAACAGGCUAAUCAUUCAGUACCGGAUGCUGUGCAACAGUAGCUGGGAGUCCGCGGGAGGCGCGCUGGCAGCAUAACGAGCAUCGCUUCGAAAGCGUCGCGAGCCAAGUGACCCGCUAUCCAUCCAUCUACAUUCUCAUCUACACAGGCUCAUAUACACAUAUGUACACACAGAUGCAGACUAAUUUGACUUCCUGUAUAUCCUCCCUAGCCUUAAUCUUCCCACAAAUCUAUACAUGGUGUGCGAGCCAACUCUCGCAGCGAGAAUUACAUAAAACUAGUCAAUAAAAGUGCAACGGUCGAGAGUAAAGAUUAAACCAUUUAAUAAAGUAUCGCAGAGAACAUAUGUCCUCUCACCACCACCAUUCUUAUAAAUUCUAACUCCCAAGAAGUCGUGCUGAGAGUUAAAAAGUAGAAGACGGAGUAGAGUGGUUGUUUAUCCAAAGUCAGAGGUCGUAAGGACGUUGCCGAGCGCCACUGAGAAAGAUGUAUAGAACUAGCAUAAAUAUUACAUAAAGCUUGAAAAACAUAGAUCUAUCAUCAAACUGUGUGCAUAUCAAUGAUGAUUAUAAUAUAAGAGUACUAAUUAAUACAAUCUAAAACUUGGAUAACGUACGAGGAGUGAUAAUGCACAUUUGUUUGUGACGUGCGUCGGAGGUACGAAAACGAUCUUUACACCCAUUCUAUUCAAUGAUUACCCUUUUAUAAACAGAAGAUUUAAAAGAGAAUUGAUAAUUUAUCGUUACCGCAAUAAAUACAAAGACUAUAGUUUAUAACGAAGAGGAAAUAGUUUUAAAAAAAUAUAUCGACGUCUACAAGAUUAAAGAAUUAAACUAAACUGAACUGCGAUA